AUGCAGUUUGAUCGAAAAUGUGUGGAUCGAACUAUGGCAAUUAAUUCCGUAUACCUUUUCCAGAUCAUGAAAGGCAUAUCAUCUCAAUCAGCUGUUAAAAAGCUCGAGGCUAUUGGAACACUCGGAUAUAUUUGUUACGGGCUCAUGGACACUACUAGUGUCUAUUCUGUCAAACGCUGUACGGCCCAGUCACAGAUGGUGUGCGCUGCUUGUCAUUUACAGCUGCCUCCCAAACCUGCAAAUGCCAUCAAGUUAAGCCCCGAGGAUCCAGGCACUUCGGCCACGAAAAGGAAAUCUACUAUGUAG